CUUCGGGCCUGCCAGCCAAAGAAGAGUUGGAGAUCUUCUUGACAGGAUGCAUAUUAAACAAAAAUCAAAGAUUGGUAAAAAAUUAAUUGACAGCCGAGCAGCACUGAGAGAUGCAUGGAAUGCUGAUCCAAAUUUUCUCUAUCCUGAGAUAAAGGCGUGGUACCAGGAUAAAUUCCAUAGCCAGUUUGACUUAAAAUGGGAGCAGAUGCACCAAGAGGUUCUUCUUGAGGGGCAUGAGCUUUUCCCAAAGAGGUCCAAGAAAGUUAAAGGCUAGUCAAGAAGAUUACGGUGCAGUUGGUUAACUGAUAGAAGCUUCUUUGCCGUGGUGACAUUUUUUCAGGAUUUGCCCUUUAUAGGCUCAUCUAACAUCACCUUGGACUUGUAGCAGAAAAGAUACAAAAGAAGCAUUUGUCAUGAUUGUACUGUGGCUGCUCAUGUGGUGGAAACCAGUUCAAGCUGUGGUCAUUCUGUCAAAGUUGUUCUUUGCAGCUACAUCCUUAUUUGCUGCUUUUGGUUUCCUUCUCUACGGAGGGAGGCUAUUCCUGAUGCUGCAGCGUUUCCAUGUUGAGUCAAAAGGUCGGCGGAAAAAGUUGAAUGAGGUUGGCUAUGUGACCACCAUAUGCUUUGGUUGCUUCUUGAUCAGAUGCAUAAUGAUGUGCAUUAGUGCUUUUGACAAAGAAGCUGACCUUGAUGUUCUGAACCAUCCAAUCCUGAACUUCUUUUACUACUUGCUUGUUGAGAUUGUACCAUCGUCUUUGGUGCUGUUCAUCUUAAGGAAACUACCGCCAAAACGUGGGAUUGCACAGUACCAUCCAAUCCAUUAGUCAGUAACGUCGAUGGUCCAUUUCUAACAGUUCCGUCCAAUUGCUAAAGACAAAAAGGCAAAUGUGAGAUACCUUGUAGUACCUUUUGUAGGUUUAGUAGCUUUCUUGUGAAGAAGCGUUUACUGAGUAUGGCAAAUACGGCUUGUUAAAAAUGUAAACUCCUGCAGUCAUUGCAACCCCAAAUGUCACUAACACAACCUGUUUUACCAAUACGGGUUUCCAUCUGUAAACUUUAGAAGAGGCAAGGACUCUGAUUAUUUUUUCUGAUGGAGAAAAUGUGUGAUAAGAUUGGCUACUUCAGAAGAAGGGUAGCUGCUCA